CAUAAACACGAAGAUUGAUCAUGUUGUCCACCACAUGAUACACACAUGAGAACAGGAACAUGAGGCGGUGCUGGCGUAGUGUUUUGCACAGCAGAGACUUGAGCAAUCUUUUGGAUCAUGCUCAUCAUGAUGUCGACCUUAGCAGCCAUGGCCGACAUUUGAUCAACUUCGUACAUGCCUCCAAUUUUCGGUUGAGCGGAUGGAUGUCAUAUGUUGACUUUGCUUUGGUUGCGGUGCGGUCGUUUGACUACGAGUGUUGCUUGCACAUGGGUAGUGCUCAGGUCUUCAGAUGGAAGAACGAUUUCGAUCCAACUGUGCAUUCUCCACUCACCCCAGUUUGGAUUGGCUUUGCUGGCCUCCCAAUCCAUCUUUUCGAACCAAAUGCUUUGUUCUCCAUUGGCAAUUUAAUUGGUACUCCUCUAAAAAUGGACCACGCCACCUUGAUGUUGUCUCGCCCCUCUGUGGCACGUUUGUGCAUUGAAUUAGACUUGACAAAGGAACUGCCAAGAGCGGUUUCGAUUCACCUUGGCAGCCUAUCCUUUCUCCAACUUGUCAGCUACGAAGACCUCCCUGACUUCUGCAAACGUUGUAAAACGUUUGGGCAUACAACUUGCAAGAAGGCCGGAAAAGCCACUCGAUGGAUUAGAAGAGACUUGAGAUUGAAUCAGGAAGAGGAUAAGGGAGGGGACUUGGUCGUCCAAUCUUUUAAACCUUCACUUCCUGAUUUAGUUGCCAACUCUUCUGUACCUUCUUCUUCAAUGUUUAACACCAUAUCUGUCAAUGUUCCUUUAAAUGGCUCUAGUUCUACUUAUGCAGACAGAAUCACACAGAAAGAUAUGUCGUUGAGAGCACACGAGACUCUCAAUGAGUCCUCGGAUGGCACUCAACAAUACAAGGAUUGCCCUGACCAUGUUACACCUGGAAAUGAUGACCUUAAUUCUGAUCCAAAAUUUAGCUCCAUGGCUGCUGAUUCUGCCAAUCAUAAUGAAAACAAAGAUGAUUUUGACUUCCAUGGUUCCCACAAGACUACCAGGGAACCUAAUACCCCCACUAGCCUUGCCCCUCUUGGAAAUGAUGAGCAGAAAUCUGAUCCUGUCACUACUUAUCCUAACAAAUACACUGAUGUUGUCCCUGUAUCCACUGCCCCUGGUACUCCUGUUCAGUUGAGUACUAAUAAUCUUGAUGUCCAGGUCUCUACUAUCCACGUCACUAAUGGAAAUGAAGUGCCAAUCUCAGGUUCCAAUGAAAUCUUAAAUGAUACCAAACCCAAGGCUAGCCUAGAGCCGAAGGUUUCUUCUUUUUCUGUUUUCAGGGGAGUUGAAGAGGAACGAGCCAAAGCUAGAGCUAAUGACGGAAUGCCGAUCUUCGCCAAACUCCCCUUCAAAGAACAAAUCAUGCAACUCAAGCUCGCACACCAAAAAUUGAAAGCUAAGGAGCAAAACCUCACGCAGACUAGCACUGUAUCAAAGUGUAUACCUACUGGAUGCUCCUCGGCCCCAACAACUAACCAGUUCGACCCACUUGAGGAUAUCCCAGAUGAUGAUCCACUACUUGAGGAGCAUCUUGAAGAUGACUUCACCAUUGUACGCUCUAAAAAAGCUAACAAGAAAGAAGCCCCUGAUAUGACGAUUCAAACAAGAAGUGGAAGGGCGCCCCAUGGACCGCGUGGACAGAACCCUCGAGGGAGAUGUCGCGGAAGGCAUAGCCGUGGUGCCAUUUAAGUUUUAUCUUUGCUUUAUGUACUGGGCCUUGCGCCCACAUUCACAACUUUCUCUUCUUGCAUUUUCUUCUCUUUGUACUCCACUUUCUCAUUUAAUAAAAAUCUCUUUAAGUU